AGAUGUCAGUAGCGUGGUGUUAAAGAGGCUUGAGGAAAAUACUCCGCAAAGGGAACAAACGCACACUCCAGGAAUCACGGACUCACACCAAGAACCCCCAAACCUGGCUUUAACAAAAACGCUGCAGCGUGGGACUAGAAGAAAUAAAAAACUGAGGUUGGUGUUAUCUGACCUCGCCAAAACAAGCCUGUUUAAAGAGACACGAACUGGACUUGGUCCCGGCAAUGUGGUGUUUUGUUGGGGCUAUCAUUGCAGCAGUCUGUGCAUAGGAUGCAUCCUCCCUUGGCUUUUGAUGCUGUGCAGAUCCACCCUCCUCUCCUCAGAGUGAUGAACUAAUAGGCAAUGAUUUUCUCCUCGGAAAUCCACCGUGGUUUACUGUCUUCACGUUAGUUGUGUUUUGUUUACUGGCGACCCGUGUCCUCCUGGUGCGACACAUGCAAUCUAUAGAGUAUAUUUUCUAUUAUAGACUAGUUGAUGAGGCAUUCUUUAUUCGCCAGAAGAAGAAACACACCAUUAUUACGAAGUCUGACAGACACUGACUAUUUUUGUCACGUGAAUGAAAGCGCACAGGACUUGGAAAUAGCCUAUUUUUAUAUGAUACAACUGGUAGCCUUGUUCGGGAGAACUGAUCCAAUUGUGUUAUUAUGCAACCGCAAGGAUCUCAUCUAUAUCUGGGUGUUUAAGCCACUGGAUUGCUCUUCGCCCAAAUCAAUGUGGUUUCUUUGGAACAUUUUCAGCAAAGGAACGCAUAUGCUGCAGUGUCUUUGUGGCAAGAGUCUUAAGAAAAACAAGAAUCCAAGUGAUCCCCAGCUCAAGGGCAUAGUGACCAGGUUAUAUUGCAGGCAGGGAUACUACUUGCAAAUGAACCCCGAUGGCUCUCUUGAUGGGACCAAGGAUGACAGCAGUAAUUCCUCUUUGUUUAACCUUAUUCCUGUGGGCCUCAGAGUUGUCGCCAUUCAGUCAGUGAAGACAGGGUUAUACAUCGCCAUGAAUGGGGAGGGCCAUCUCUACACAUCAGAACUCUUUACAGCAGAAUGCAAGUUCAAAGAGUCUGUGUUUGAGAACUACUAUGUGAUCUACUCCUCCAUGUUGUACAGACAACAGGAGUCGGGGAGAGCAUGGUUUCUAGGGCUCAAUAAAGAGGGCCAAGCCAUGAAAGGGAACCGGGUGAAAAAAACAAAACCAGCUGCUCACUUCCUGCCCAAGCCAUUAGAAGUUGCCAUGUACAGAGAGCCAUCGUUGCAUGAUGUAGGAGAGACAGUGCCCAAGGCGGCAGUACCUCCCAGUAAAAGCACAAGUGAGCCGGCAGUGAUGAACGGAGGCAAACCUGUCAGCAAGCCGGACAAACCCGCCACAUAGCCAUGCCUGGCCAGUGUCUGGUGUGUGUGUGUGUGCUAAGGGGAGGAAUGUGAUGGAGGCAAAGCUUUUUUUCCAACAAGACUGCAGACCCUCUUUUUUCUGUGGAUCACAUCCAAGCGAAACUCCCUCCCUUUAUUAUCUCGCUCCUCCUCUCUUUCUCCAGCUGUCUCCAUGCAGGCAGAUGGAUUCUGGUGUGGCUGAGUUUGUUCAGCACUGGAGGGAAGAGGACCUCUGAUCAUGGAAUGCCUUUCAAUUCCUCUGAAACUGAGAAUUCAUGGGAAUAACAUGUUUCACAAUGACGCUUGUGGUACUUUGCUUGAUGAUGGUUUGUCCCAAAAAACCCUCCCUCUCUCUAUAAUGCCCUGUUGCAGCAGAGUCUAUGUACCUUCAGAUCUAUUUUCUAUACCACAGUUCACCAGCUAUGUUCUGGGAUAGAGACUGUAUAGAUAGAGUAAAUAUUUGGACAACUGUCCUAUAUUUUUUACAAGUCUGUGCCCCUCUCCUUCUCUUUCUAUUUCUGGUCACACACUUUUCUCUUUGUCAAGGAACCUAGAAAAGAUAAACACAUUUUGCAAAGGAGUUGUGUUAUUUUCUAAGAAACACAUGAACAUAGACGUGGUGUUUAAAAAGAAAAAAAAGCAAACAGAGAAAACAGUCCAAAUUUAGUUUUUGCCUACAAAAACAUCGACACAUUUAAAAAACAGUCACACAAAUUUGGUGUGGCAAAUCAGAGACCUUGCUUUUUUACAGCCCAUAAAAACACACUGGAGGCUGGCAGAUAGCUCCUGCAAUCAUAGUUGAUGAAGUGCUAAUUACCGCUACUGCAAUCAAUGCGAGGAGCUCCCUACACGCUACAAACACACACACAUUUCUAAACAGAUGUGCGUGUGGGUGGGAGAGUGCUGUAAGGAAUGGUGUAUACAUAUCACUAUCUAUGUCCCACCAGCGGUUCAGUCCGCCUUCUCUGGUAAAUAGAAAACCUGAAGUCUAUUUUUCUUUAAUCUUAUUUCAGAGCGUGGGCUCUAGGAAUAUCUCUAGGCCUUGUAGGCCUUUGUCCCUCACUCACUGACUUUUUUGGACUAAGAGGCGAGGCUUGUGGCUUUGACCCAGAUGGUCUAAACUGCAGCACUGGCAGCCAUCUUAUGGCAGCAUCUACUUAAAGCAAAGAAAACAACAUGGCUGAAAACCAGUAGGUGACAUUUAUACUGGCUGCAUCCCUAUUUGGUUCAGCAAACUAAAGCAUGGACAAGGUUAAUAUUAUGUUCUCUAUUUGCAGCACUUAUACAAGAGAUGGCUUAUAGUGUAACAUUUUCACUGUAUAAAACUUAGGGAAAAUGACUAUUAAAAAUCAUAACUUUUUAAAUGACUAGAUAUUAUUAUUAUUAUGAGAGGAUUUGUCUCCUAGCUCAGCAUGCAGAGUCCAGUACUGAUCAUCUUGGCCUAUUACGUGCCUGUUUGGACCUUGAUUCCCGGCAUGCAAAAACAAGAUCCCAGUCCCAGCUGGGCCAAAGGUGCCUCACUCACCCGAUAGAUCCAUGUAAAGGACACGUAGCAUUACUCAUCAGAGAAAAAAGGGAG